ACGCAACACGUGUGUGUGUGUCACACACGAUUGCAGUUCUCGGUACAUGGUGUGGAGACCUACUGCAACAAUGAAUUACAGGAAGGAGAUGAUGCGCCGAACAGUCCCAGGACAAUUCGAUGAUGCAGACUCCUCAGACAGUGAAUUGACCCAGGGCACGGAAACAGUUAAACAGGAGGAGGUAACAGUUAAACAUCAGCAGUCAUGUUUGUCUGAGGAAGUGGACACUGAUGAAAUUGAAUAUGACGACGACGAUGAUGAGGAUGAAGAGUGGGACUGGGAUGAUUCAGUUGGAAGACUCACCAAGCGUCAUACUGCAGCUGGAGGCUGCAACCCACAGGCAAAUAGACAGACCCCUAGUUGCAAUUCAGCAAAAAUGUCCACUCCUACAGACAAGGCCCUAAGAAAAUUUGAGCAUAAAAUUAAUCUAGAUAGGUUAAAUCUUGCUGACUCUGUUAUAAACAAAGUCACAGAAAAGUCUAGGCAAAAGGAAGCAGAUAUGUAUCGAGUCAAAGAUAAAUCUGACAGAGCAACAGUGGAACAAGUAUUGGAUCCAAGAACACGAAUGAUCCUGUUCAAGAUGCUAACUAGAGGUGUCAUAUCAGAGAUAAAUGGCUGCAUCAGCACAGGAAAAGAAGCUAAUGUCUAUCAUGCCAGUACAGUGAAUGGAGAGAACAGAGCAAUAAAGAUUUAUAAAACCUCUAUUUUGAUGUUUAAAGAUCGGGAUAAGUAUGUGAGUGGGGAAUUUAGAUUUCGUCAUGGAUAUUGUAAAGGAAACCCGCGGAAAAUGGUGAAGACAUGGGCAGAAAAAGAGAUGAGGAAUUUAAUAAGGUUGAAUACAGCACAAAUACCUUGCCCAGAGCCAAUUAUGCUAAGAAGUCAUGUACUUGUCAUGAGUUUUAUUGGUAAAGAUGACAUGCCUGCUCCUCUAUUGAAAAAUGCUCAGUUAUCUGACUCAAAAGCCCGGGAGUUGUAUCUACAGAUCAUACAGUACAUGAGAAGAAUGUAUCAGGACGCCAAACUUGUUCAUGCAGAUCUCAGCGAAUUUAAUAUGCUAUACCACAGUGGAGAGGUGUACAUCAUUGAUGUGUCUCAGUCGGUAGAGCAUGACCACCCACAUGCAUUAGAAUUCCUGCGGAAGGACUGUGCCAAUAUCAAUGACUUUUUCUGGAAGUAUGGUGUUGCGGUGAUGACUGUCAGAGAGCUCUUUGAGUUUAUUACAGAUCCUUCUAUCACAAGCGACAACUUGGAUGCUUAUCUCUCAAAGGCGAUGGAAAUAGCAACCCAAAGAACAGAGGAAGAAAGGUCCAGUCAAGAUAACGUGGAUGAGGAGGUGUUUAAGAAAGCUUACAUCCCUCGAACCCUGACCGAAGUUAAAAACUACGAGAGGGAUGUAGAUGUCAUGAUGAAAUUGAAGGAAGAGGACAUGGCAUUAAACGUGCAGCAGGAUAAUAUUCUCUACCAGACGGUGACAGGAUUGAAGAAGGACUUGUCAGGUGUUCAGAAGGUCCCCGCACUCCUUGAAAAAAAAGAAGACGACAUAGAAUCAGAUUCAGAAGAUGGGGGCAGUUCUGAUAACUCUGACUCAGGCUGUAAAGAACAGGGAGAGCCACUGCAUCCCAAAGAUCAACCCACUGACGCUGGCAUGGACAAAAAGGAAAGGAAAAAGAUGGUUAAAGAAGCCCAAAGAGAGAAGAGAAAAAACAAAAUCCCAAAGCAUGUGAAGAAGCGAAAAGAGAAGACAGCAAAAAUGAAGAAAGGCAAAUAA